CUUGGCGGGCUGAGAGGGCUGUCCCGCGCUAUGGGCAAAGCUAUGGGGCUGGUAGGGCUGCUGCUGGGGCUCGUCCUGGUGCCCGCCGUGCUGGUGAGCACCAGCCUCCGCCACGGCGCCCUGCGGACCGAGGCCGGGCCGGGGCUGGGGCCGUCGCCGGCCGACUGGGAGCUGGCGGCGGGCGCUGUCCCCGAGGACUCGCUGUGGCCGCUGCCGCAGUGGCUCCGCACGUCGUCCCGCCAGCUGCAGCUGGCGCCCGGCCGCUUCCAGCUGGUGCACGGCGCCGGCUCCUCGGCGGGGGCGGGCUGCGGGCUGCUGCAGGACGCCUUCCGCAGGUACUACGAGUACAUGUUCGGGCACUCCCGGCGGCGGAGGUGGAGCCGAAGGCCGCUGUCUGCCCGAGCGGAGUCGGAGCUGUCUGAGCUGCAGGUGGUGAUCGAGGCGCCGGACCCCGGCUGUGACAGCUACCCGCACCUUGGCUCCAGCGAGGCCUAUCAUUUAACUGUAACUGAGCCUGUAGCUAUACUGAAAGCUUAUGAGGUAUGGGGUGCUUUAAGAGGUCUGGAAACCUUCAGCCAGUUGGUUCAUGAAGAUGACUAUGGAAGUUUUCUUGUCAAUGAAUCUGAAAUCAAUGACUUCCCAAGAUUUGCUCAUAGAGGAAUCUUACUAGACACUUCAAGGCAUUAUUUACCAUUGAAAUCUAUUCUUACAAACCUGGAUGCCAUGGCUUUUAACAAGUUCAAUGUUCUCCACUGGCAUAUAGUAGAUGAUCAGUCAUUCCCUUACCAGAGCAUUUAUUUCCCUGAAUUAAGUGAUAAGGGAGCGUACUCCUGUAAUCUCAUCUAUACUCCUGCUGAUGUCCGUCUGGUGAUUGAGUAUGCCCGGUUAAGAGGCAUUAGAGUUAUCCCAGAGUUUGAUACCCCAGGACACACGCAGUCUUGGGGAAAAGGUCAAAAAGAUCUUCUCACUCCUUGUUACAAUGGAGGGCAGCCAACUGGGUCCUUUGGACCUAUAAAUCCCAUUUUGAAUACAACUUAUGACUUCAUGACUAAAUUCUUCAAAGAGAUCAGCAGUGUAUUUCCAGAUGCAUAUAUUCAUUUAGGAGGAGAUGAAGUGGACUUCAGUUGCUGGAAAUCUAACCCUGAAGUGAAAGAGUUCAUGAAGAAGCAGGGUUUUGGCAGUGACUAUGCUAAAUUGGAAUCUUACUACAUUCAGAAGAUUUUGGACAUUGUUUCCUCCUAUAACAAAGGACAAAUCAUCUGGCAAGAAGUGUUUGAUCACAAAGCACAGCUGAAACCAGACACUGUAGUUCAAGUGUGGAUGGCAAACAACUAUGCUCAUGAACUGAGCAGUGUUACUGGAGCUGGGUUCCCUGCUGUCCUGGCUGCACCCUGGUACUUAGACUACAUCAGUUAUGGGCAAGACUGGAAGAAAUACUACAGUGUUGAACCACUUAACUUCCCUGGAUCUGAAGAACAGAAGAAACUUUUAAUAGGUGGAGAAGCCUGCCUAUGGGGGGAAUUUGUGGAUGCAACUAACCUGACACCAAGAUUAUGGCCUCGAGCAAGUGCUGUAGGGGAAAGACUCUGGAGCAGCAGGAAUGUGACCAACUUGCAGGAUGCCUAUAGGAGGCUGACAAAUCAUCGCUGCCGCAUGCUCCGCCGUGGCAUAGCAGCCGAACCGGUGUUUGUUGGAUACUGCGCCCAUGAAGCGAGAGGGCCAUAACUGCUGCAAAGACUUCUCCUCAACAACCUGAAGUGCCUCUGGGGAUGAAUCAAGACUUAAAAUUUCACUUUUAAAAUAAAAUUCUUUGAUAACCUUGUUGGAGUAAAAAUGGUUGGUUUUAGGCUUUUAGAAAUUGGGAUUCUUCACUGAGAAAUCCUGAAACUUGAUAUGAUGGAGUUAUUAAUCCCAGUUUCUUUACAUUCCAAAGUUGAGAAAAAUAAAGCUAAGACACCAUUUAAAUAAAGAACAAA